CCUUAUUAUGAUGUCACCAAAGAUUUGCCAUCAAUGAAGCUGGACCGAAGGCCAGCUGCAAAAGCAGCGCAAACAUCGUACAAUCCGCCACUGCCACCAGACGAUCACUGGGGUCUGGAUAGCCCGUUGCCGAAAUAUGAAAAAGUUUAUGUGCUGAAAAGAAGUAACGGUGUGGUAAGAUCCUCUCUGUUUAUCAUCAGUCGUAUCAAAAAUAAAUGA